ACAAUUGCCUCGGACGGUCUUGGCUUUUAUAUCACCAGUUUUAUGCAUACUGUUAAAACGACGACCCAGACAAAUUCACAAUAUAUCAAAUGAUUCCUAUUCCUUAAAUCCGUUACAUCAUCCACCAUGUACGCAGUUCUAUGCAUGCAUAUGCAAGCUUCGGCCCAGGUUGAGAUAUUGGACUCGGCCGAUCAUCUCAGGCAGCCCAAACACCACGCACGAUCUCCAUCCGACAGAAAAGAGGCGCCGAGCGACGUAGAUGAUAGGGUAAAAUAAGAAUCCUACAUAGCGCCAUAUUACGCACUGAUUGGCUCAUAGGCUGCUGAGUAAAACAGAAGAUAUUCCCGAGCGAUGCUUACAAAAAAUACGGACGGAAUAACGGAAUGGGGUUUCCCACCUGUUUACGUCUAAUGGUCUGGCCAACGUCGCUGGGUUGUAUGCAUGGAGAUAAGAUAUGAAAAAAAACCCAACGCCGUGGCUACGAAACACUUGUAUGUGGUAUUUUACUGGAUGCUGGCACGUGGAUUUUCUAGGGCUCGUAUGCAUGUGCUGGUAGAUCUACUUCGUAUACCCUGGCCUAUUACUCUUGUUUCGUCCCAUUUUUUAUUUUUUCUAUUUCUUUCUUUCCUGAAACUGAGGUUCGACGCGCUUGACGGCGAUAAGAGCGACAGAAACUUGCGAUGUUGGCUGAUGCUUGUGCUACAAUGCGACGAUACCAACAUAUUUCUCUGCAAGACGGUUCGUGUCUAUAUUUACUCCGUUGUCGCAAGUAUAUCGGUGUGUGUUUUACCCAGGAUGACAACCAUCUCGAUGUAGGUAGAUGAUGCGCAGUACCGGUAUAAAAUGCAUGUUGUUUCUUUUUAGGAUUACAGGUACAUGAUAACACGUAUUUGGGCUGCAUUCCAUUAUUCAUGCAAAGGGAGGGAAGGGAAAGGAAGAGAAGGAUGCGAUAUCACAACAAUGUAUAAUCUUGAAUUCCUUGUUAGGACUACGCAUCAUUAGGCACCGUAGCUUAACGCCGAGGGACUCAGCUCAGCUUAGUAUCAUUA